AGGCUCACCAUGAAGUAAACAGAUGUUUUUAGUGUCUAGAAUAACAUUUAACAUCUUUCACAUCAAAUAACCAUGUAAUUUAGGAGUGGGGCCGUAAACUGAAAAUCAAAGCAGUCAACAGCACGUUAACGAGCGUGUAUAGAGGCAUCCUGGCGCACAUUGGGCGUGUUGACAAUAUUUUACGCGAUCUGUCAUUUGGCGAAAUGACCGCAGUUGUGUCGAUGCAGAGGAGUUUGAGAUGAACAUUUUCUUCACUACAGUACGUAACGUACAAGAGGCCCAAAACUGAACAGUCCUGCACCCAAUGGGUUGCUUGUUUAGGAGGCUCAUACAGGGAGGACAUCAUGAACCUGAAUGAGAAGAAACCCAACAAGUGGUGGACUGAACCCGACACGUUUGCCAUGUUGGCACUCAUAGAGCGAAUGGGUCUGGUCCACGAACUGGAUAAAAAACGCCAGCGCAACGAGUCUCUCUUCCGCCGCCUCCGUAUGAAUCUCACCAAACGUGGCAUCCACUUCACCGUCACCCAAAUCCGCAACCGCUGGAAAAGCCUUAAACACAAGUACCGCAAGAUCAAACUGGCUAGCUACCGAAGUCCCGCCGCACGCCUCUCUGCCAUUGAGUCUUUCAGAUAUUUCCACAUGCUGGAUCGCAUGUUGGUGCGCAGACCCAAGGCUGGAAAUGAGGAGGACGAGCUCGCAGAUGAUCCUGUAGGACGGUCACUUGCGGACCUGGAUGACCACACAGACAAUUCAUGGCUUGAAAGCAUAAUCCCUAAAUCUGAGCCUGACAACAUGACUCCUAAAUUAGACACUGACGUGGACGAGAAUGAGAAUCCAGAAGAUGUGGCGAGCUCCGAACCUCCAAGUUGGGCUUUGGGACCAGAUGAGGUGAUGACUCUUGGUUUGUCAGGAGAAUAUCUCUAUGCAGUGAAGAAUCUACCACCAUCCCUAUGCAAUCCCAACAGUAUGGAAAGUACAAGAGAGGCGGCUGACUUCAGCCAAGAUGAUUUUCCAGCGGGAACAUCAGAGGACACCAGCAGCCUCAUCCUACAGCAACUCACCAUUUUGAACCACCGCCUCGGAGAACAGCUGGCAGAGCAAAAAGCCUUCCAUUGCACCAUGCUGGGCAUGAUGGAUCGUCAGAUACAGGUCCUGGAGCAGCUCUCCAACUUCACCAGGAACCACCAACCUAAGGCUGAAUCUACUGAGACUGACUCCUCCAUCAGCCAGAAGGUUCAAGAUGCCCUGCUGAGGAUCCUGGGGCAAAUGCAGCAGACUCAAACACAGACGCUUCAGUCAUGUGCCCUGUUACCCAUGCCCAAGACAGAACCUACACCCUCUUCUUGGAAGGUCUCUGUGUUGGAGGUUCAUAAGUCACCCACCGCUGAUUUAGAGUCAGGCGGUGACACUGAGAACUCUCAAACCGCGGAGGUGUUCAAUAACGGCAGCCCACCUUCUUUAGAGAUUUCAUCGUCAACCAAGAACUCUGUUUUACAGAAUGGAUUGUGUCAUCACAAUUGAAUGCUUCUCUUUUGGGACUCUUUAUCAUUUAGAAACAGUUAACACAGGCCUUUAGUCCAUUAGAUGUUUUAAGAGGCUGUUUGAUAUAACAUCUGAAACAUCAGUAUUCAUGGUUGAGUUUGUCAGACUUUUGACAUCUACAUUUAGCACUUUUUCAGUUUUCGUAGGAAAGUAUUCAAUGUUCUGAUGUUUUAAUCAGCGAUACGUUUUUGUAGAAAAAAGAACAAUAGACUUAUUUAUUUACUUAUUUUUGAUUUCUAAGUAACAGUUGAUCAGAAUUAUAGAUGACAAGUAACUUCAAUGUUUAGAAUUUGCAGUUCAGACAAAUGAAGCUUUUUUGCCUGUAAUGAAAUAUAUUGGUCAGUGGUAAGACUGAAGAUAUGUAAAAGUUAAAUUUCUUCCAGUUAGGUUUGGCGUAUUUUCCCCUUUAGACAUACUAAUGUGCAAGUUUUAACUUUUAAGGAUGAUUUUAACAUUUACCUCAUGUAGUUUAGUAUAAACUUGAUAAGUCUGUUGAUUUGAUAACUCAAUAAUUGCUUGCCUCUAAUGAUAAACCAUUUCUUUUAAUAUUUGCCAUGAUAUUGUCAUUAUGUAUGACUCAAAGUUUUACAAACAAAACACCCACAAAAUAUGGGAUGAAAAGUGAAAUUAUGCAGCAUAUUGUUUGAUUACACUGGUAUGUUUUAUGUUUGAAUGAUAAAAAUUAUAAU